AACCAUCUGCCCAGAUUUUUUUCUGGGACAGGUACCUUGGACACCUAAUGAUCAUUGGCAGAAUUUUGGAGACUGGUUGAAGGAUCGAGAUCCCACAAAAGUGGACAAGACAGUUGAUACGGUCUUGAACUAUUUAAAAGAGCAGUAUAAUGCAAUCACGAUUGGUAUUGUUGGAUUUUCCUGGGGUGGAAUGGCUGUACAUCAUGUGAUGCUAACAAAUCCUGAAUUGAAGGCUGGAGUCUCCCUCUAUGGAAUUAUUAGAGAUUCUGAAACUAGAUAUAAUUUACUGAAUCCUACUUUUUUCAUUUUUGGCGAGAAAGAUCACACCAUUUCUCUUGAACAGAUCUCUUUGCUGGAGAAAAAACUUACAGAAUAUUGUACAGUAAAUUAUAAAAUUAAAGUAUAUCCUGGACAAGUUCAUGGUUUUGCCCAGUGUAAGCCUGAAGACAUGAAGCCUAAAGAUGUGCCGUAUGCUGAAGAAGCAAGAAUGGAUUUAAUACAAUGGUUGAACAGUUACAUUAUAUAUUAAAGCAAUAUAUCCCAUAUUCCACAACUUCCACAACAAAAUGUCCUUUAUUUGUUUCAAAAAAAGUUAUUGUAAAGAUUGUAGGGAUGCCUAUUAGAAUCUGAAGAAAGGAAAAUGCAUUUGAAAGAUAUGGCAAUAAUAACCAUUAAUAGAUUCAUUAUCAUAUUACUCCAUUACUCCUAUGAAAAAUUAUAUAUACUUGAAGAUCUUUCCUACGUUAUAUACUGUAUUAUUUUUGUGGAAAAAUAUUGAGUAUUCAGCAUUUAUACACUUAGCUUUAGGUCUUAUUCUAUUACCAUUAUAAUAUCUGAGCUGCAAAUAUUCGAUUUUCUCUAUGUCUUUGCUUGUGCUCCUUGAAGACAUACACUUUGUCCUUAUAAUCUUUCUUCCCUAAGUCCUGCUUUGUGGUAGUUAAUCAAUGAUAUCAGAAAUAUAAUUAUUUAUCCUUGAUGCAAUAUAAAGCAUUGCAUUCAAAGUUGGAGUCCAUCUCAGAUUAAAGUUUGUUUAAUUCCAAGGCAAUAUGAUUCGAUAAAUAAUACAAUCUUUUUUGAAGAUGGAGGAGACAAUUUUUUUAAAAAGGUGCAAAGUAAAAAAUAAGCACUAUUUAAAAAAAACACCAAAGGGAUGUUUGUAAUUUUCGCUCUCUCCAAAUAAUGGAAAGCUGAGAGUUUUAAAACUAAAUUAGGAACACUUGAGCUGGUGAUAUAAUUUGACCUAAAGCUUAAAUAAUAUACUGUUUAUCCAAGUAAAAAUUAUUUUCUCACACUGA